UAGUCCGAAUGCCGCAUGGCCAGCCUUAGCAUAUUUUUCUAGUAUCUGCUUCUGAUUGGCCAGCGCCACACACGGCUCGCAUCGCCUUCAAAUCAAUUUCAAAACUUUCUGCGUAGUCUAAGCAAAAUGGCGCUAACGCAAAAGUCGGGCUCCAAGCAGUUUGUGAAGAACGUGAUGGUAAUGAAGAAGGACACUUGCUCGGUGCGCGAGCUGCUUAACUGGGUGAACGCGGAGAUGCAGUGCGACGUGAAGGAGCUGUCCGAGCUGAAGACGGGCGGCGUUUAUUGCCAAUUUGUGCACAAAUUGUUUCCGGCCGAAUUAUCGCUGACCAAGGUCUAUAUGUACACGAACGCCAGCUACGAGAUUGAGGCGAACUUUAAGCUGCUGCGCAACACCUUUGCCAAACUGAACAUCCGCAAGGAUGUGCCGUACCGCGAGCUGGCCAAAGGUCGCGGUCAUUACGAGUUCCUCAAUUGGCUGCACAAAUUCCACAAGAUGAACCACAAUGGGCGGCCGUACGAUGCGUUCAAAGAGCGCAGGGGCAAACCGAUCGGACUCAAAAGAAUUGUGGAGGCGGAAAGACGCUUCGAUUAUGCCGCCUAUUUGCGACGGAGCAGUACGAUAGUCGCAUCUGUGUAUCCCCGGAAGCCGGUCGAGCUGGUGCCCCGCGCGCACAGCCUGCUCGGCAUUUCGGAGAGGCCGGAUAAUCUUGUGCCCCUGAAAUUAAACCCGCCGCCAGACAAGUCAAAAGCCAAAGCCAAGGCUUUCCAGUCAGCGGCCGUCCGAAGAGCUGCCCAGCCAGAAGCUGUCGGUAAGUCGGUUAAACCAAGCUGUGAAGAUCGAUCGGACGAAUCACUGCAGUCGACACCAGAGUCCCUGCCCAGCGUUCCAUUAAAGCAAGUUUAUCACAAGCGCAUCGAGUCGCCAGCCCGAGAAGCAGAAGACCCGGAAUCAUCAAACCCGGAGCCACAUCCUGCCGUACCAUCAACAAAGCGUCUGAGCUAUAAACGUUCCCAUUCGACAGCCAAACGAGUUCCUCCCGAACCAAUACAAGCUGGCAGCGAAUCACUUUACUCGACACCAGAGCGAAUCUCUGCCGUGCCAUCGAAGCGUGCUAGCUAUAAACGGAACCAGUCGCCUUCUCGCGAAAUAUCUGCGGAACCAAUUGACGCUUGGUUCGAACUACUCGAGUCGCCAUUAAAGCGGGUUGAUUAUAAACGUAUUGAGUCGCCAGACCCAUCGAUAUACCCGGAACCACUUGAGCCUGACCCAGAGUCGAUAUCCAAGCAAACCAACUAUAAACAAAAGAGGUCGACAACGGAUAUAGCUUCCCAGGCUGGUUAUGAAUCGACUCUGGAACCCAGCGUGCUAUCAAAGCGUGUUGGUCAUAAACCAAAGCCUUCAACGACUCGCGGAAUAGCUCUGGAACCGGUUCACGCUUGGCUUGAACCACUUGAGACGACAGCGGAGCAUCUUUCUUUCAUGCCAUCAACUCGUGCUGCUGGCUAUAAGAAAAAUAGGUCGCCAGCAGAACCUACCCCGGAGUCAGUACCUGCCGCAGUAUCCAAGCGAAUUAAUUACAAGUGUCGCAACCAUAAACGAACUCAGUCGCCAGUCCAAGAAAUAGUCCCGGAACCGUUCGAAUCCUGUUGUCAACUAUGUGAGCUGACCCCGGAGUCGGUACCUCGCGUGCCAUCCAGGCGAGUUAAUUAUAAACGAGUACAGUCGCCGGCUAAAGCUGUUGCCCCGGAACCAGCUGCGGUCGGCUAUGAGCCAGACCGGGAAAUUCCCCCGGAGCCAAAGCCUGAACUAUUAAAACGUGUUAAGCAUAAAUCAAUUCGGUCCGCAACUCGCGAAAAAGCUCCGGAGUCACUGCAGGCUUGGUUUGAGCCUCUUGAGUCGACACCGAAGCAACUUUCUUCCGUACCUUUAAGGAGUGUUAAUUAUAAUCGAGAAAGAGCCCCGGAACCAACACAAGCUAGCUAUAAACCGCAUGCGCCGAGCUCAGAGUCAGCUCCUGCUCCAACUUCAAGGCGUGUUAAUUAUAAACGAGUUCAGUCCCCAGCUAAAACUGUCCCCUCGGAAACCCCAGAGGCUCGCUAUGAGCCAGCCCGGGAAAUAGCCCCGGAACCCCGUUACGAACCAGUUUCGACACCGGACCCACAUCCCGCAUCCGUACCAUUAAAGCGUGUUAAGGAUAAACGAAUUCAGUCCGCCGCCAAAGUAGCUCAGAAAACAUCACAAACCGAUCAGGAACACCUUCAGCCAGAACCAGAGCCACUUUCGACCGUAGCAUCUCGGCGUUUAGUUCCGGAAAGAUUUCAAUCAGAACCAGAGCCACUUUCUGCCGUACAAUCUCGACGUGUGAGUUCUAAACCAACCCAAGAGGUAGCUCCAAAAAUUCCACAGGCUAGCUAUGAACCACGGCAGACGGAAUCGGAUCGACCUUCUGUCAGAAAAUCAGUGAAACCAAUUUGUGAACUAGCUGGACUUACCACUGAACCAGUCGAACCAGCGCCUGCGCAACCAUUACACCUGGAGGAAUCAGUUCAGUCGACACUGGAGCCAUUAAAGCGUGUUAAUUAUAAAUCAAUAGUUCCGGAACCGUUAGAAGCCUGUCGUAAACCAGUUGAGCCGGCACCGAAGCCCAUCUCUGCCGUACCUUCAAAGCGUGUCAUUGUUAAGCGUAUACAGUCGACAGCUAAAACAGAUCCCGCGGAACUACCACAGGCUGGCUAUGAACGUAUGUUGUCGACACCGGAGCCACAUCCUGCCCAACCAACACAGCGUCUUCAUUCCAAACCAAUCUCGUCGAUAUCCCGAGAAAUAGGUCCGAAAUCAUCCGAAGCUGGUCAUGAACCACUUCAGGUGGAACGAAUUCCCCUUCCUGACGCACCAACCCCGUCGUCAUCCCGAGAAAUAGCUGCGGAAUUACCACAUUCAUAUUUUGAGCCCCUUCCUGACCCACUCUCGCAGCGUGCUAAAAUUAAACCAACCCCGUCGACAUCCCGAGAAAUAGGAAAUCGGAAAUCAUCACAAGCUGAUGAUGAACACCUUCAGUGGGAAGCAGAGCCUCUUCCUGAUCCUCCAGAACAGCGUGUUAGCAAUAAAUCCAUCCCGUCGACAUCCAGUGAAAUAGGUCGAAAACCAUUACAGGCAGAUCAGGGCACACUGCGGUCGGAUCCAAAGCCUCUUCCUGACCCGGCGACAUCCCGGAAUAAAGAUCCGGAAUCAUCAGCGGCUAAUCAGGACACACUUCAGUCGGACCCAGAGCCUCCUCUUGCUGACCCGCCAUCAGAUCCAAUCCAACAUCCUACCCCGCCAGCAUCACGAGAAAUACUUCCGGAAUCUUCACAGGCUGAUGAGGGAUCACUUCAGUCAAAGCCCGAUUCGUCAAUAGAUAGACCAAGGCCAUUGACAUUGUCUUCAGCUGUUUUGAAAGUCGGGCAGUCCGUGGUCCGUGCUUAUUGUGAGGAGAGCGGUUGUGUCGCAUUGCCAUCGGAUUCGGACUCUGAGGACGAGAAGGACGAUCAUAUUUGGGACGUACGCCGUCAGAUCGUGUUGUUGCGGGAUAAGCUUACGACAAUUGAGACCAUACUUCUGAAGUACUCUGCGAGUUCGCGGCAAAGUGUUAAGAAACUAAAGCGCUAUUUACGGAAACAGCAGGUUGAUGAACCAUUCGUCCUUGGCAACUUUUAAAAAUACCCGUUUCAUAUACCCGUUACGUUUAAAAUGUUCUGUUCUUGUUUUAUACCGUUUAUAUUCACAGUGUGACCAAUUGUCACCAUCUGUUAACCAGUUUUGGUGUUUAGUAAAUUUUUUCGCAUAUGGCAACACUUGAA